AUGACUGGCUUCCGACUUGGGACGGCGGCGAAGAAGGACAAACUGAGUCCACCCGCCAACAAGCCCACGGCUCUGGUGGAUGCUGUGACGGGACCCCCGCAGGGCUUCGGAAUCAAAAGCUACCUUCAUAAUUUCUACUACUCCCCAACCCCCGAUGAUGUCGAGCAAACCGGCGCCUGGUAUCUCCUUCCACCCCCGCCAUCGCAACGUCGCGGUCUUUUUGUGUGCCGCAUCUGCACCAUCAUCGGACUCUUCCUGCUGUUGAGUGGUGCCGUUGGGAUCAUCAUCGGCUACACCUGGCCCCAAGAGCCGCUUGAGGAUUCCAUCAGCCACAUCGCGGUUUUCCAGGAUGACGAAGGCAAUCUCUACAUCCCGCGCGAAAAGAUGGAGCCCUUCAUGCGUGACCCUAUGAGGCACUGGAAGACCACAGGGUUCCUCCUGUUUGCCUCGGGGGCUAUCAUCUUGGCCUUGUCGUUGAUGGUGCCAAUGUUCGCCCAGUGCAUCGGUUCCAAAAGACUUCAGGGAUUCAUUUCGGAGGAGAACUCGCCGAACGAGCCGCCGAUCAGGAUCUACCCCGGACAUGGGGCUCCUGGAAGCGGCCCGGUGCCGGUGAUGGAGGAGAUCGCUAAACCAAUAGGCUCAGAGGCCCAACCUCGAGGAGAUCGACUCUGCGUGUGUGAAGGACUGCUCACCCCCUAUACGAUUAAACUUGUUGUCCCUGGGCCCUUUGAAUACGAUCGAAUUGACGUGUGUCUUGUCCCGGGCAGAGUCGAUUCCGUCCCGUCUACAUGUAUCGUCCCG